AUGGAAAUGCAGUUAAGGACUAUCCGUGACCAGCUGGAGCAGACCUUAAAAGAAAAGGACAGACUCAUAGACAUCCAAAAGGAACAAGCAAGGAGCUGUGAGGAAAAAACAGAACAGAUGAAUGUCUUACACAGAGACUUAGAAUACACUACGGCAAUACUGAAAGAAAAGGAUUUAAUGAUUGACUCUCAGAAGGAACUGAUUGAGACCUUCCAAAAACAACAACAAGACUCUGAAUGGCAGAAGGAAAUUCUGCAGCACCUUCAAGUGGCACUAAAGGAAAAAGAGGAAGAAAUUUUAUCCCUUAGAAAGGAACAUGAGGCAUGCAAGGAAAAGGAGGAAAAGCAUGAAGCUGAGCAAACAAAUCUUCAAGCAAUAAAACUGACUGUGAAAGAAAGAGAAAACAAGAUAGAGGUUCUGGAGGAGGCUAUCUCUAAGCUUCAACAGCAAAAGGAGGAGGCAGCAAUGCAGACUAAAGGUAUACUGCAAAAACUAGAAUAUGCUGAAUCUUCUCUAAAAGCUAGAGAUCAAGAGAUAGUGUCUUUGCAAGAGCAUGUCCAGGACCUUCGAGACAAAUUAACAUGUUCCGGCUUCGUGGCGAAAGCAUGGAAGAAGCACUGGCAUCGUGCCAGAAGCAGGUGA